UGGAGGUUGCUGUAUUGGGCAUAUUUCAACUACAGUAUGAACACCUUCCUCUAAAUGCGAAGACAACUCUGCACAUACCUGUCUUUUUCCACUGGGAUUUCUCCUCCUUCUUGGCCAAUAGUUCAUCAUGGAAGGCAGCGCAAAUAGGAUGGAAUAUUCAGGCGGAAAUCAGAAAACCUCUCAAACCAAAUGCUGCUCAAGUCUGAAGAUCUUCAUCUGCGCACUCGCCUUCAGUUACUUCUCUAAAUCCAUGACGGGGUCUUACACCAAAAGCACCAUCACUCAGAUUGAGAAGCGGUUUGAGAUCCCGAGCUCCACCGUUGGUUUCAUUGAUGGCAGCUUCGAAAUGGGUAAUAUGCUGGUCAUUACCCUCGUGAGUUACAUUGGUGCUAAGUUUCACAGACCUAAAAUCAUUGGAGCAGGGGUUCUGCUGAUGGGUAUAGGAACACUGCUAAUGGCUUCACCUCAUUUCCUUAUGGGCCGGUACAAGUAUGGUACAGCUGCCACCCACACUAAUGAUGCUGGUAAUUUUACUGUGAUCUCUACAUGCUCAUCCGACUCUCAGGAAACUCUUCAACAGCCUUUCUCUGGAUGCCAAAAAGAGGAAGCUGAAAGCUCACCCUUCUGGGUGAUAGUGGUUUUGGGAAACACUAUGCGUGGGAUUGGGGAAGCCAGCAUUGUCCCUCUGGGAAUGUCAUUCAUAGAUGAUUAUGCACGGCCAGAAAACUCUGCUUUUUACAUUGGUUGUCUGAACACACUCAAAGGGAUUGGGCCGAUUUUUGGUUACAUGCUUGGAUCUCUAUGUGCUAAUCUUUAUGUGGAUUUUGGCUUAGUGGAUCAAGAAAGCGUGACCAUCACACCGCAGGACUCUCGCUGGGUUGGGGCUUGGUGGUUGGGUUAUGUGGUGUCUGGCUUGUUGACUCUCCUCGCUGCUUUUCCUUUCUGGUUCUUGCCGAAAGUUCUACCUGAAAACUCCCAAAUCUCACUGCUAGACAACACCCCACAACAGCACAAAACCACCCCCAGCCUUACAGAGAUAGUCAAAGAUUUUGCACCAACUUUUAAGCGUCUGCUCACCAAUAAGAUCUACAUUCUGUACCUGGCGUACAGUAUAGUGGCAUUCAACGACUUCGCCAUAGUUGCAACAUACACGCCAAAGUAUCUGGAACAGCAGUUUGGGCAAAGUGCAUCCAAAGCCAACUUUCUGAUAGGAGUGACAUCUAUUCCGGCAGUAGCGCUGGGUGUUUUCCUCAGUGGGUUGAUGAUGAAGAGGUUUAAAUGGGGUCUGCUGGCAUCCGCAAGAGUGAAUUUGUUGACCAUAGUCGCCACAGUGUUUUUGGCCGUACCUUUCUUCGCUCUCAGCUGUGAAAAUCUAGAUAUCGCUGGGGUUACAGUGCCCUAUCAAGGGUCUACUGAAGUUCAAGGUGUAACCAGUGAUGUACUCCCUUCUUGCAAUGCUGACUGUGGGUGUCCUGACCUCCAAUGGGAUCCAGUGUGUGGAGAGAAUGGAGUGACCUACAUCUCCCCUUGCCAUGCAGGCUGCAAUUCCACCCAGGGUGCAGGACGGAAUAUGACAUUCCAUGACUGCAGGUGUAUUCAGAGCUGGGGACUGAGCGUUGGCAACUCCUCUGCAGUUCUUGGCCAGUGUUCAAGAGAUCCCAAAUGCAACAGAAUGAUCUACAUUUAUCUGGGAUUGCAGUCUUUGGCCUUCUUUUUGUGCGGUCUUGGCAUUAUUCCCUUUUUCACCAUGUCUCUGAGGAUUGUGGAUCCUGAGCUGAAGUCUCUCUCUGUGGGAAUGUUACUGUUAGCUGUAAGAGUUUUGGGUGGUAUUCCUGCUCCCAUUUACUUUGGUGCUCUUAUUGACUCGACCUGUCUGAAAUGGGGCCAGAAUAAAUCGUGUGGAAGAGGUGCCUGCAGAAUCUAUGACAUCGAGACGUUCAGGUUCCUCUUUCAGGGGCUGACCAUGUGUCUUCGAGUAUUAGCCUGUUCCCUGCUUUGGAUAGCCACCAUAGAGAUAAAGAGAAAAAAUACUGAACAACAAACAAAUGUCUCAAGACACUGAACUCCAAAUGCCUUUGUGCGAUCCAGAAAUUCAGAAGACAACAAAGUAUUGUUCUGUGGUGUUUUAUUUUUUAAGUGCACUUCAUGUAUAUGUAUAUUCUACUUUUCUCUUUUCAAUAUUAUCAGUGUGAAAUGCACUAGUAUAUGCAACGUUUAGAUAAUAAAUAAACUGUUUAAUUGUG